AUGUUAAUCUCCUCUCCCAUUUAUGGAAACAUAUUCAUAAGGCUUAUAGUGGUUAAUAUUGGGCAUGGUCAUGGGAUUAGUUUCUGGUUGGAUGCUUGGUCAGGUAUGGGGCCAUUGGCUAUUCGGUUUCAAAGUCUAUACAAUCUUUCAAGGACCAAGGAUAUUGAAGUUAGCUCUCAACUGCGUGGAGGAACAGUAACAGACCCGCCUUUCUCAUGGAAUCGUCGGCUGCGCAUUUCUGAACAGGAGCAGUUCGCAGCUCUUGUGGCAGAAAUUGCCGAGUUUUCUUGCUCUGCUGAUAGUCGGAAUGUGGUGAUUUGGAGAAGCCGGGCUGACGAAUUCAGGUGUAGGGAUAUCACAACUCAUUUUCAAUCUUCAAUUGCAGUGAAUGGAAGCUUUUUGCAAGGUAACAUCUUAUUUCCAGAUUUCUGGAAAUGGCAUUAUCCUCCUAGGAUUAAAUUCUUCACUUGGCUUAUUAUUAGAGAUAGAAUCUCUUCAAAUGCUUCAUUAGUCUCUAGAGGUAUUUUGGACCCCGGAUUGAUUGAUUGUUUGAUUUGCAAGUGUGAGGAAACGAGUAUUCAUAUCGUUUGUCAUUGCCGGUUUGCUUGGAGAUUUUGGUCGUUACUUCUGUCAAAAUGUGGAAUUUUGUGGGUUUCUCCUCCUAAUAUUUUUCAGUUUUUUGGCCUUUGGUCUUCCUUCACCCGGGCUCGUUUCAAAGAAUUAUGGCGGCUAAUUUGGCUUUUUGGAAUUUGGGAGCUCUGGAAGUUGCGAAAUAACAGAGUUUUCAAUAAUGUUGAGAGUUCUCCUGAUAACUUGGCGUAUUUGUGUGUUUGCAAAGCGGUCCAAUUCUAUAGCUCUCUCCAUCCUCAAUUUUCAUAUUGUGGAAAUGAUGUUUUUAGAUGUUUGGAUAAUUUUGUAACUCAACUUUGA